AUGAGCUCGACGUACUCGAGCAGUGACUCUUCACGUUCCAGUUCAGAUGAAUCGCAACCCGGACUGUUGGACGAGAAACGUGGAUUCGACUACAAUGAAGGUACGAUCGGACCUAGUCAAUGGCUGACGCCUCACCACCCACGUCAGAUCUGGAACUUCGGGCUUUGCUAUUCACACCGACAUCUGGGCAGACUUCUUGGUCGACUACUCAGUUUGCUUGUCCCGACUUUCCUGCAUCGCCGCUCACCGAGUGAGCAGGGCAAGGCUGACAAGCUUGCCCCAACCGCCUUUCUCGAUGGCAUGCGCGGGCUCGCUGCCUUCGCUGUCUUCAUCUGCCACCUCACAUAUGGCACGUUCGACAUUGUGCACGCCUGGGGCGCGGCACCCGACCCAGAAAUCCAGCCACCGACCGCAUUCACAGAGCUUAUUCGAUUACCGAUUGUUCGACUCUUCUACUCGGGACCUCCCAUGGUUGCCAUCUUCUUCGUCAUCUCAGGAUAUGCCCUCAGCUACAAACCUGUGAAGCAAAUGCGUGCGCGCCACCACGAACAACUGAUGACGACCAUGACUUCUUCCAUCUUCCGCCGAGGACUGCGACUAUUUCUUCCUUGUUUCGCCUCCACAUUCAUUGUCGUCUGUCUGGCUCAGCUCAACCUGUACAAACUCACCGAAGAGUUCUCAAACCAAAUGCGCAUGGUAUUGGAAUCUCACUGCUAUACUCAACCGAAUAUGUGGCUGCAGUUCAAGGAUUGGCUGGUCCAGAUGCUCAUCUUUGUCGACGUCUUCAACUGGUCGCUGUUCGCCGGGUCCAUUGAGCUGGACCGCCAUUUGUGGACCAUCCCGGUGGAGUUUCGCUGCAGCAUGGCUCUUUUCCUAACGCACAUGCUCACUGCCAGGAUGUCGAGCCGGCUGCGGAUCAUGACCUUUGCGGGACUCCUUAUCUGGGGUGUCUCUUGGGACAGAUGGGAAUUGACCCCAUUCUGGGCUGGAGCUGUGAUUGCAGAAUUGGACAUCAUCUGCACGUCGACGACUGCGCCUGGACUGCCGUCGACCGAAACGGACAGUCAGCGACAUAUCCCCCAACGAUCGAGUCGGAUUUUGUAUUUGGCAGCAUUUCUGGUGUCGCUGUUCCUGCUCUCCUUCCCUGACGUUGCCGCCAAUGUUACCCCUGGAUUUGUUACCCUCGACUCUCUCAUUCCCCAGAACUUCACCGAAAAGCACCGAUUCUGGCCCACCAUAGGAGCAGUCUUGAUAGUCUGGUCUUCGUGUCGUCUUGGCGUUUUGCGAAACAGAGCCUUUUGCUGGGCGCCUGUGCAGUAUCUGGGCAAGAUCAGUUUUCCUUUGUAUGUCAUGCACGGACCGGUCAUCCAUACCCUAGGCUAUUUGAUACUCCCUCGAACGCCCGAACUGGAGACGCCCGAAGUCAUGAGACAAUUCCAAUGGGACUUCGCCAAAGCGGCCACCGUGAUCAUACUGGCUGUCAUCUGGGUGGCGGAUGCGUUCUUGCGGGCUGUCGACACCCCAUGUGUGAAUUUGGCCCGACGACUGGAAAAGGCAUUCUUUAAUGAUUGA